CGCUUUCUUCCUCUGACCAUCUCCACUACGCAGUCUUAUGAUCGUCGUGACGACGACAACGAUGAUGGAUUGCCCAUGAGACAGUGCUAACACUCGUCAAGACGACAUUCGCACCCAUCCCUCCUCGCCUUGGUGGCUGAAACGCAACAGGGCUACGAGCUCACCUGGCUUCUUGGCAGGCAGCCGAGGCAUCAUGUCAUCUUCAUCAUCAGAUAGCGACCACCAUGAGCAAGGCAGCGCAGCAGCAUCCUCGCCUUCAUCUCGAGGGGACGAGGUACUGGCCUCAUCAGCGGCCCCUGUCCAGUCAUCGGCCCGCUCCUCUUCCGACUCGCUGAGGACGCUGCGCAAUGAAAUGGCAACGCAGCUGGCAGACAAGAAUGUCCACCUCACCCCUUCCCUGGGCCAGGGUCUUGCCUUCACUCGCAAUCAACUGAGGAACGCUUACCUACGCCUCCUCUUCCAUGCUCCCUUCACCAAGCAAGCACACAAUGCAGAGGCGGGCAUGUGGACUGAGACGACGCACAAGGUUGUUGCCAUCUAUCGUAGCAGGCUCGCAAAGCUAGAGAAGCAGAUCAAGGCGUCCGCCAAUAUCAAGGACAAGACUGCUUCGGGUUCAAGCUCUCCAGCUCGAGGGUCAGCCGAGACGCCUUCUACCCCUCCAACAGCGCCAUUAUCGAAUAGCAAGCGACGCGCUCAGACGCAAGAGUACAGUCGCCUCGCCGAAGCGUUGCGCAACUUUCUCGCCAAGGAAGAGAUCUUCUGGAAAGCCUUGGCCGAGCGUCUAUCCAUCGUCUUCCGUCUCACAGAGACGGAGGGUGCACUAGACAAGGCCGGCAUCAUUUCGUCGGGACCAAAAAUCCCCGUCGGUCCACGAGCUAUCAUGGGUGGAGCUGGAGGAGCUGGAGAGGAUUCGCAGCCUGCCGGCCUCGCACGUAUGCCAGAUUCUCCUUCAGCUCUCGAUGCUGCCAUAUUCAAGGCUGCGAGCCUGCCUAGGCACAAGGAACGAUUACUUGAGAUCGUCUUCAAGAUCCUGCUAUACUGCGGUGACUUGGCGCGCUAUCGCGAGAUCUACCGGGACCUCUCCUCAGUCAAUUCGCCCACCUCAGCUCCUCCAACACAGCCUAGGAGCGGUCGCACCGGUCAGCAACAACGAAGGGCAGCUCCAAGCUCCGCGGCAGUCUCGACCUCGCAACGCGACUUCACUCCCGCCAUCGUCUGCUACGAGGCUGCCCGUCUCCUCCUCCCCUCAGAAGGCAACCCCUCCAACCAGCUUGCCGUCGUCUCUACCUACCAGAGCGACACUUUCGGCGCCGUCUAUCACUACUAUCGCGCUCUUUGCGUCAAGCGGCCGUUCGACACUUCGAAGGUCAACCUCGGUGCCGCAUUCGGUAAAGCGGUUGAUGCUUGGCUACAAGCGGGAGGUUUGGAGGCAUCGAUCGGCAGCAGCAAUGGGGCAGGGCCUAGGCGACGUAGCCCUUCAAGCAAUGAGCUCAAGCACCGAGUCACAAAGGACUUUGUCGUUCUGCAGGGCCUCUUCUUCACGCACAAGUCCUUCACCUCCCUACCUACCCUGGCCGUGCGCUUCCUCGAAACGUUCGGAGAAGCCGUGUCGGACAAGCUCCUGUCGACGGACAUCAUUGUGCGCGUCGUCGUGGUAGGCAUUGCCGCAUCGUGGUCUGCGAGACUUUGGCGUCGAUCUGUGGAUCACGGGCGCACUCAGACGCUCAAGCAUGGGGCAUCUAGCCACGGAACAAAGGAACAGCAGUCGCAGCAGCAAGACCCCAAAUUGGCCCUCAGUAUCGAGCUGCAGCUCCUGCACCACGCCAUUGGCGUUUUUCGUCUUCUUCUCGACAUUUGCGCAACACAGGUUCGACAGGCCAUCGAGGAUGCAAAGGUGCACAUGCAGCCCACAAUACAAUCCCGCAAUGGCGGCCCUCCUUCAUCAGCUGCUCUAGCAGAAGGAGGAGUUGCCAAGCACAUGACAGCCGUCAUGCGACGCGUCCUGCCUGCGCUUCGCAUCUCAAGCAAGUGGGUCAAAGCCCACCUGGACUACAUUGAUCGAUGCGAGAGCGGAUGCAUUUCUCGUGCGGCAGAGGGCUUUGCGGAUCCUGCUACCACCAAGGGCGGCUCGUCCAGCUCAGAUACCACUCUCGCUACCCGAGCGACCGCGGAGCUUUCCCUCAUCCAAGGUGUCGAAGACUUCUGGUCCUCAUACGUGGAGUGCUUGAACACUCUACGCUUUGCAUUCCCCUUCGACUCGCUCCCCUCACUCGGAACAGUAGGACCCGCCGGAGCCGCCUCCCUGUCCCUGGAGGAGGAUGUCGAUCUACGAGGCUUUGUACCCACGCGCCGCGGGAUGCUCACGCAGGACGAUGCGGCUGCCCGACACGACUUACCGAGCCGAGCGCAGGGGCAAGGGGGGCAGAGACAUCCGAACGAGGAGCAUCUAAUGCGGAUCGCGGACCUGCUGGUAGAUGCGAAAGUAGUGGCAGAAAGCGAGGCAAGUCCGAUCUUGUUCGACGAUGCAAGAGGAACAUUCAGGGUUGAUCCAAGUGGGAAGGCGGGGAUGCAGCAGCCUGCGACACACCCGGCCAGUGGGGAGGCGUUUGCUGCGAACGAGGUCCAGGCCUCACUGCGUUCCAUGGCCGCCGCAGCAGCAGCAGGCGCGGGCACGGGUACGGACGACGCUCAGUCUCUCGGCUCGUCCACGGAGGACGUGGUGGAUAUGGCUAUGCGGCACGUAGCGGAACAAAGGGCCCAGAUGCAAGGCGGUGGCCAUCAUUUGCCCAAUGGGCUGGUUUCUGACGAUGACGAAGACGACGACGAGAUACUGAUUCCGGCAGCUGUGGCUGCUCGACGGCAGCCGAAGGGAGCGUUCGGGAAGGGAACGCCGACUCACGCGCCUGCAUCUACUCAACAGGGCUUCUCAUCCGCACCUGGGGGUAGUCCUUUUGCUCAGCAGGGCCAGCAGCAGCAGGUGCGCACGUCACCUCCCUCCAAUCCCUCUCGCAAUGCAUUCGGAAUGGACCAUCUCCAGAAGGCCUUGACCGUUGGCGGUCCGGGCGGUAUGAUUCCACCUCAAGUCCUUGCCGCCCAGCAGCCCUCGAUGCGUACCGCUCAAGACCUCCUCCUGAACAUGCUGCAAGGCGGAGGCACUCCGACCGGUAGCAGUGCAAGCCCUGCUCAUACCUCAGCCUCAAACAGCGGCGCCUUUGGCGCGAUUGGCAGCGGGCCAUCGUCUUCAUCGCCCGCGGGUCCUUCCCUCCUCUUCGGCGGAGUACAAUCGCCUCCCUACCCUCAUCACAAGCAGCAACCUUCCCACUCGAACCUUGCAAGCAUCUGGGCCCCCACGCCGGGAGAGGUGGGAGGGAGCGCUUCGCCUUCGCGUAUCGCUAUGGGCGGUGCUGCGAGUCCAGAGAGAUUUGCUACUCCUCAGGGGUUCUCUGCCGCUCCGGGAAGCCAGAUGUAUGGCCAGCAACAAGGCCAGCCGGGGCAGCAUGGAGCGAUUGGUAGCCCAUUCGCCCAGCCGGCGGCGCAGCGACGAGGUGACCCGUGGGGGGCAUCGAUUGACACACCGCCUGUGUCUCAGACUCCAUCACAGCAGCAUUUUGGCCAGCAGCAAGGGCUCUACGGCCAGCAAGGCAUCUACGGCCAGUACCGCAACUUCCAGCCCUACAGUCAAUUUCAGCAGCAGCCAUUUGAUCGCUGAGGAGAUAAUGCGGGCCAGCAAAGGCUCUGACACUCUCUCUCGUCCAUCAAGGCUCUAUAACAGUCAGCAGAACAAGACCGUUGAGUAUGCAACGGCAGUAGGCAUAGGCCAUCCGCGCCGACGAGCGCUCUCGCUCGCAUCACCGCACUGCAGCGGCCCCACAGCCGGCCUUCCUUUGCGUGUGGACAGGGCUGACUGAAAAGCGGGAUGAAGGCAAUGAGUGACGCUCGUUAGAGAGAAGCAAGGGCGGACUAAGAGCGAGUUGAGUCGAUUGCUUUCUCGAACGGCACAAUGAACGAGCAAGGGUCCCUGAGCGGAGCGCUACCAGCAGCUCAGUAUUCCUUGGUCCGCGCCCUCCAUUCUUCUAUCUCCCUCUGCGCUCUUUCCUGACACUCUUGACCAGUGAUCAGACCAGAAAAUCACUGAUCUUUCCUCAUU